AUGAGGAAUCUGAGAUUAAAGGUUAUAUGUACCAAAAGUAGGUAUGCAAUUUCAACUGAAGAGAUUUUACAGUCAAAGCCUGCUUAUUUUAAAGGCACCGCCUUCGCGUCCAGGGUGCAUGUUUUCUUUUGGUGUGGGGACAGGGAGAGGUUGCAGGGCGAGGAAAGGAAGAGCAUUAUCGUGCCAGAUUAUCAUUACUGCCAACGCCGCCUUUGGGCUGACACCACCAUUGACCUGAUGUCAUUUGUUUAUUCCCAUCGCAGCCAACCUCCAUUGCAACUAUGCCUACACAUUUUCAACAUUUCACCGCUGCAUUGCUGCUGUAUCCAUGGUCCCUACUAUACUUCCAUUCUCACAUCACCACUGUUGAUGCCCAUCACUCCUGCUACCGCCACAAGAACCCGGUUGGUCACACCAACAUUUCGAGACACCAUUUCUGCCAUGGCCAUCACCACACUAAACUAA